CCGCCGCAGCCCUCGGCCGGCGCCCAGGUGCGGCGCCGGGGCAGCGCCCGGCGGGACCAUGCUCUCGCCCACGGACUACGACAGCCUGGAGAUCCAGCAGCAGUACAGCGACAUCAACAACCGGUGGGACGGCGGCGCCGAGGACUGGGGCGCCGAGAGCAGCUCGGCCCGGCUCUUCGAGCGCUCCCGCAUCAAGGCGCUCGCCGACGAGCGCGAGGCCGUGCAGAAGAAAACCUUCACCAAGUGGGUGAACUCGCACCUGGCCCGGGUGACGAGCCGCAUCGGCGACCUCUACGCGGACCUGCGCGACGGGCGCAUGCUGCUGCGGCUCCUCGAGGUGCUCUCGGGGGAGCAGCUGCCCAAGCCCACCAAGGGCCGCAUGCGGAUCCACUGCCUGGAGAACGUGGACAAGGCGCUGCAGUUCCUCAAGGAGCAGCGGGUGCACCUGGAGAACAUGGGCUCCCACGACAUCGUGGACGGCAACCACCGCCUCACCCUCGGCCUCAUCUGGACCAUCAUCCUGCGCUUCCAGAUCCAGGACAUCAGCGUGGAGACGGAGGACAACAAGGAGAAGAAGUCGGCCAAGGACGCACUGCUGCUGUGGUGCCAGAUGAAGACAGCGGGCUACCAGAACGUGAACGUGCACAACUUCACCACGAGCUGGCGGGAUGGGCUGGCCUUCAACGCCAUCAUCCACAAGCACAGGCCCGACCUCAUCGACAUCGACACGCUGCGGCGCUGCAACGCGCACUACAACCUGCAAAAUGCCUUCAAUGUGGCGGAGCGGGAGCUUGGCCUCACGAAGCUGCUAGACCCCGAAGACGUCAACGUGGACCAGCCCGAUGAGAAGUCCAUCAUCACGUACGUGGCCACCUUCUACCACUACUUCUCCAAGAUGAAGGCGCUGGCGGUGGAGGGGAAGCGCAUUGGGAAGGUGCUGGACUACGCCAUCGAGGCGGAGCAGCUGGUGGAGAAGUACGAGACGCUGGCGUCGGAGCUGCUGCAGUGGAUCGAGCAGACCAUCGUGACGCUCAACGACCGGCAGCUGGCCAACUCGCUGGGCGGCGUGCAGAACCAGCUGCAGGCCUUCAACACCUACCGCACCGUGGAGAAGCCCCCCAAGUUCAUCGAGAAGGGCAACCUGGAGGUGCUGCUCUUCACCAUCCAGAGCCGCAUGCGGGCCAACAACCAGAAGGUGUACAUGCCGCGCGAGGGCAAGCUCAUCUCCGACAUCAACAAGGCCUGGGAGCGGCUGGAGAAGGCCGAGCACGAGCGGGAGCUGGCGCUGCGCGACGAGCUCAUCCGGCAGGAGAAGCUGGAGCAGCUGGCGGCUCGCUUCGACCGCAAGGCAGCCAUGCGGGAGACCUGGCUCAGUGAGAACCAGCGCCUCGUGUCCCAGGACAACUUCGGCCUGGACAUGUCAGCGGUGGAGGCGGCGGUGCGGAAGCACGAGGCCAUCGAGACGGACAUCGUGGCCUACAGCGAGCGGGUGCAGGCGGUGAGCGCCGUGGCGGCCGAGCUGGAGGCCGAGCGCUACCACGACAUCCGCCGCGUCCUGGCGCGCCGCAACAACGUGGCCCGGCUCUGGGACUUCCUGCGGCAGCUGGUGGCUGCCCGCCGCGAGCGCCUCCUGCUCCACCUGGAGCUGCAGAAGAUGCUGCAGGACCUGGCGCACCUCAUGGACUGGAUGGAGGAGAUGAAGGGCCGGCUGCAGUCGCAGGAUUUCGGCAAGCACCUGCACGGGGUGGACGACCUGCUGCAGAUCCACGCGCUGGUGGAAGCCGACAUCGCGGCGCAGGCCGAGCGGGUGCGGGCGGUGAGCGCCGCGGCGCAGCGCUUCGCCGGGCCCGGCGACGGGUACCGGCCGUGCGAGCCACAGCUGGUGCGGGAGCGGGUGGAGACGCUGGAGCUGCGCUACCGGGAGCUGGCGGAGCUGGCGGGGCGGCGGCGGGCCAAGCUGGAGGAGUCGCGGCGCCUCUGGAAGUUCUUCUGGGACAUGGGCGAGGAGGAGGCCUGGAUGCGGGAGCAGGAGCAGAUCCUGUCAUCCGAGGACGUGGGCCGCGACCUGACGAGCUCGCUGCGCCUCCUCAGCAAGCACAACGCCUUCCGGGACGAGAUGAGCGGGCGCGCGGGGCCGCUGCAGCAGGCGGUGGCCCAGGGCCAGGCACUGGUGCGCGAGGGCCACUUCGGGGCCCGCCAGGUGGGCGAGCGGCUCCGGGAGAUCGAGGGCCGCUGGCAGCACCUGGAGGCGCUGGCGGCCGAGCGGCAGCGGCGCCUGCGCGAGGCCGCCAGCCUCUGCCAGUUCCAGGCAGACGCCGACGACGUGGAGGCCUGGCUGGAGGACGCCCUGCGCCUGGUCUCCAGCCCGGAGCUGGGCCACGAUGAAUACUCCACGCAGAGCCUGGCCAAGAAGCACAGGGAGGUGGAGGAGGAGGUGCACAACCACCGCCCCGCCAUCGCCGCCCUGCACGAGCAGGCGCGUGCCCUGCCGCCCGCCUUCGCCGGCGCCCCCGGCGUCGCCGGCCGCCUGCCCGCCCUCGAGCAGCGCUACCGCGAGCUGGCGGCGCUGGCCGAGCGCCGCCGCCGGCACCUGCAGGACGCCCUCAGCCUCUACACCAUGCUGAGCGAGGCCGACGCCUGCGGGCUCUGGGUGGGCGAGAAGGAGCAGUGGCUCCACGCCAUGCUCAUCCCCGACAAGCUGGAGGACCUGGAGGUGGUGCAGCAGCGGUUCGAGACGCUGGAGCCGGAGAUGAACAACCUGGCGUCCCGCAUUGCUGCUGUCAACAGCGUCGCCGCCCAGCUCCUGGACGCCGACCAGCGCAACGGGGACAGCAUUCAGGCCACGCGAGACCAGCUCAACGCCAGGUGGGAGCGUUUCCGGGCGCUGGCCGACCAGAAGAAGGAUGCACUGACGUCAGCCCUGAACAUCCAGAACUACUACCUGGAGUGUAACGAGACCACGUCCUGGAUGAGGGAGAAGACCAAGGUGAUCGAGUCGACGCAGGGGCUGGGCAACGACCUGACUGGUGUGAUGGCCCUGCAGCGCAAGCUGUCGGGCAUGGAGCGCGACCUGGAAGCCAUCCAGGGCAAGGUGCGGGACCUGCGGGCCGAGGCGGAGAAGCUGGCAGCCGAGCACCCGGAGCAGGCGCCCCCGAUCCUGGCCCGGCUCUCGGCCAUCGAAGCCGUGUGGGCCGAGCUGUGCCAGAGCCUGCGGCAGCGUGAGGAGUCGCUGGGGGAGGCCAGCAAGCUGCAGGGCUUCCUGCGGGACCUGGCCAGCUUCCAGGCCUGGCUGUCCCGCACCCAGACGGCCGUGGCCUCUGAGGACGUGCCAGCCACCCUGGCCGAGGCCGAGCGGCUGCUGAGCCAGCACGAGAGCAUCCGCAAGGAGAUCGCGCACUACGGCGACGACUACCAGAGCACGCGGGCUGUGGGCCGGGAGGUGACGCAGGGCCAGACGGAUGCCCAGCACGUCUUCCUGCAGCAGCGCCUCGAGGCCCUCGACACCGGCUGGAAGGAGCUGGGGCAGAUGUGGGAGAACCGGCACCACCUCCUCUCCCAAGCCUACGCCUUCCAGCUCUUCCUUCGCGACACCAAGCAGGUCAAGGGCGUCCUCAGUACCCAGGAAUAUGCCCUGUCGCACACGGAGAUGCCCAGCACACUGCAGGGAGCCGAGGCGUCCAUCAAGAAGCAUGAGGACUUCAUGGCCACCAUGGAUGCCAACGGGGAGCGUGUGCAGGGGCUGGUGGCCACGGGGCGCAAGCUGGUGGCGGAGGGCAGCAUCCAUGCCGACAAGGUGCAGGAGACCGUGGACUCGGUGGAGAGCAGGCACAAGAGGAACCGGGAGGCAGCCCAGGAGCUCCUGGGGCGUCUGCGGGACAACUGGGAGCUGCAGCGGUUCCUGCAGGACGGCCAGGAGCUCACGCUCUGGAUCAACGAGAAGAUGCUGACGGCGCAGGACAUGUCCUACGACGAGGCCCGCAACCUGCACACCAAGUGGCAGAAGCAUCAGGCGUUCAUGGCUGAGCUGGCGUCCAACAAGGACUGGCUGGACAAGAUCGACAAGGAGGGCCGCCAGCUGGUGACAGAGAAGCCAGAGUUGGGCACAGUGGUCACGGAGAAGCUGGAGGCACUGCACCGGCUCUGGGACGAGCUGGAGUCAACCACCAAGACCAAAGCCCAGUGCCUGUUUGAUGCCAACCGCGCCGAGCUCUUCGCCCAGUCCUGCUCGGCGCUGGAGGCCUGGCUGGCUGGCGUGCAAGCCCAACUGCAGUCCGACGACUAUGGGAAGGACCUCACCAGUGUCAACAUCCUGCUCAAGAAGCAGCAGAUGCUGGAGAACCAGAUGGACGUGCGGGAGAAGGAGGUGGAGGCAAUCCGGGCGCAGGCGCUGGCCCUCAGCCAGGAGGACGCCAACACGGCCGAGGUGGAGGGGCAGUUCCGGGCCGUGGAGGAGAAAUUCCGGGGGCUCCGGGGGCCGCUCCGCGAGCGCUGCCACAAGCUCCUGGCCUCCAAGGAGGAGCACCAGUUCAACCGCGACCUGGAGGAUGAGAUCCUGUGGGUGAAGGAGCGCAGACCCCUGGCUGUGUCCACAGAACACGGCAAGGACCUGCCCUCCGUGCAGCUCCUGAUAAAGAAGAACCAGACGCUGCAGAAGGAGCUGCAGGGCCACGAGCCACGGGUGGAGGAGCUGCUGGGGCGGCGCGCGGGGCUGGCACGGCCCGCCGAGCGGGUGACGGAGCUGCGCGAGGCCUGGCAGGAGCUGCGGCUCCAGGCGGAGCAGCGGCACCGGCGCCUGGAGAAGGCCCACGCUGCCCAGCAGUUCUACUUCGACGCCGCCGAGGCCGAGGCCUGGAUGGGUGAGCAGGAGCUGCACAUGAUGUCCCAGGAGAAGGCCAAGGACGAGCUCAGCGCCCAGGCCAUGGUGAGCAAGCACCUGGUGCUGGAGCAGGCGCUGCGGGACUACGCGCACACCGUGCAGCAGCUCUCCGGGCAGAGCCGCGAGCUGGUGGCCAGCGGGCACCCCGAGAGCGAGCGGCUGACGCUGCGCCAGGGCCAGGUGGACAAGCUCUACGCCAGCCUGAAGGAGCUGGCAGAGGAGCGCCGGGCAAAGCUGCAGGAGCACCAGCGGCUCUGCCAGCUCAAGCGCGAUGUCGACGACCUGGAGCAGUGGAUCUCGGAGCGCGAGGUGGUGGCGGCCUCCCAUGAGCUGGGCCAGGACUACGAGCACGUCACGAUGCUGCGGGACAAGUUCCGGGAGUUCUCACGGGACACGAGCAGCAUCGGGCAGGAGCGCGUGGACGGCGUCAACGGGCUGGCGGACGCGCUCAUCGCCGCGGGGCACUCGGAGAACGCCACCGUGGCCGAGUGGAAGGACGGGCUGAACGAGGCCUGGGCUGACCUGCUGGAGCUCAUCGACACGCGCUCGCAGAUGCUGGCAGCCUCCUACGAGCUGCACCGCUUCUACCACGACGCCCGCGAGACCCUCACCCAGGUGCAGCACAAGCAGAAGCAGCUGCCGGACGAGGUGGGCCGCGACCUCAACACAGCCGAGGCCAUGCAGCGCAUGCACACCGCCUACGAGCACGACAUCCAGGCCCUGAGCGCGCAGGUGCGGCAGGUGCAGGAGGACGCCUCGCGCCUGGAGAAGGCCUACGCCGGCGAGAAGGCGGACGACAUCCGGCGGCACGAGCGGGCCGUGAGCGAGGCCUGGGCCGAGCUGCGCAGCAGCAGCCAGGGCCGCCGGCGCCUGCUCCUCGACACCGUCGACAAGUUCCGCUUCUUCCGCACCGUGCGCGACCUCAUGCUCUGGAUGGACGGCGUCUGCCUGCAGAUCGAGGGGCAGGAGAGGCCGCGGGACGUGUCCUCGGCCGACCUCGUCAUCAAGAACCACCAGGGCAUCAAGGCGGAGGUGGAGGCGCGGGCAGACAGCUUCAACGCCUGCGUGGCCGCGGGCACCGCGCUGCUCGACAAGGGCCACUACGCCUCCGACAAGAUUUCAGAGAAGCUGUCGGAGCUGCAGGAGCGGCGCCGGGACAUCGGCGAGCGCUGGAAGGAGAAGAUGGACUGGCUGCAGAUCGUGCUGGAGGUGCUGAUGUUUGGGCGGGACGCCAGCAUGGCCGAGGCCUGGCUCGCCAGCCAGGAGCCCAUCGUGCGCUCGGCGGAGCUGGGCGGCAGCGUGGCCGAGGUGGAGAACCUCAUCAAGCGGCACGAGGGCUUCCAGAAGGCGGCGGCGGCCUGGGAGGAGCGCUUCGCGGCGCUGGAGCGGCUCACGACGCUGGAGGAGAAGGAGCGGCAGCAGCGGGAAGAGGAGGAGGCGAGGAAGAGGCGGCCGCCCACGCCGCCGGCGCCUGAGGCCGUGGGAGCCCCCCCGGCUCCCCCAGACGCCCCCAACGGCCUGGGGAUGGGGGACCUGCACCGGCCCCCGGCCCCGCAGAGCCACCUGCCCGAGGCACCGGCCGUGAACGGGAUCUGCUCUGACGCCGCCAGCCCCCAGGUGCCGGGGGGGCCGCUGGCCAACGGGGCGCGGGAGCGGGGCCCCGGCACGGGGGGGUCGCCCCGGGGGCGGCCGCGGGGGGCGCCGGCCCCCGAGCCGGCGCACGCGGCCACGCUGCCCCCCCGGGCGCCCCCCGCCCCCGAGAGCCUCGAGGGCGGCCUCUGCCGCAAGCAGGAGAUGGAGGCCCAGGGCAAGAAGGCGGCCAACAGGUCAUGGCAGAACGUGUACUGUGUGCUGCGCCGCGGCAGCCUGGCCUUCUACAAGGACGCCAAGAACGCCGGCCUGGGGGCCCCGUACCACGGCGAGGCGCCCGCCGGGCUCCAGGGCGCCCGCUGCAGCGUCGCCCUCGACUACAAGAAGCGCAAACACGUCUUCAAGCUGGGGCUCAGCGACGGCAAGGAAUACCUCUUCCAGGCCAAGGAUGAGGCGGAGAUGAGCACCUGGGUGCGGGUGAUCCUGGCGGCGGCGGGCGGCGGCGGCCCGGCGGCACCGCGGGAGGCGGCCGAGGCGGCGCCAGCGGGCGGCAAGGGCAUGACGCGGGCCAUGAGCAUGCCGCCGGGGCCGCCGGCUGGCGCCGCCGAGGGCCCCGGGCCGCUCCGCACCCGCGACGGCAAGGACAAGGACCGUGAGAAGCGCUUCAGCUUCUUCAAGAAGAACAAAUAGGCGGCGCCGGGGGGGCGGCCGGCGCCACGGAGGGACGCG